AGCUCUCCAUGCCUGAUAUCGGUCCCCGCGUCUAAAGUCCGUGACAGAGCUUCCGCUUCCACCAUGCCGAUCCGUCCGCUGGAUGAAUGGGCCUCCACCCGCACCCAGUCACUCCCUCUUGCUGCUCUGAAAGGGGCGGUCGUCGGUAUCGAUGCGUCGCACUACAUUUCCCAGCACCUCGUCCAGCCCUCCUCCCGCGAGCCCCUUUUGGUCGCACUGGGCGGAUUCCCGUUCGCGUUGAAGAACACCAUCGAGAAGGAGCUCCAGGUCUUCAAGGAUUUGGGCAUCGCCUGCGUCUUCGUGUUCAAUGGCCUCGACUUCGGCAAAAAGGAUCAACGGCCCCAGGUACAGCAGGAAGCUGUCCGGGCAUUCGAGCAAGCUUGGGACCUCUACGAUCAGCAGCAGGCCGACCAAGUAGUGGACGCCUUCAGCAGUGCCGGCACCCCCCGCCCGGAUUCCCUCUACCGCUUCUUGCAGCGCAUUCUUCACCAGAACGGCGUCGAUUACAUCGUGGCCCCCUACAGUGCUGCAGCUCAGCUCGCCUACCUGACCAAGGGCCCGAACCCCCUCAUCGAUGCGGUCUGCGGAUCCUCCGAAACCUUCCUGUUCGACGUCGAUAAGCUGAUCACGCGGAUUGAUAUCGACCCCGCACAAUUCUUCUGGAUCAACAAACAGACUUGCCAAGAGCAGCUGGGUGGAUUGUCGAAUGAACAGUUCCUCGACUUCUGCCUUGUGCUAGGGUCCACCUUCCUUCCGAUCUUCCCUAUCUUCGAGAAUCCCCUCAACCCCGGUAAGGGCGCGAUCGUCCGUGAUGCCGUCCCUAUGUUCAAUAUCGCCGGGCGUAGCGCCCUCACCCUCUGCGCCCAAUUCGAGGAGGACCGCCGCAUGCAGGAGCUCCAGUAUACGGAUCGCUACAAGCGCGCUCUCAUGACAGUGAAGCACCACGUUUACAUCGAUGUCGACGGACGAGUGGGGCCGAUGGACGCGGAGAAUGUUUCAUCAGACAUGCACGAGCUGAUCGGCCAGCGUCUGCCAGAAGAGCUUUACUUCUACCUGUCCAAGGGUGUUCUGGGUCCUGACGUGCCCAAUUACCUGACGUCGGGUGAAGUAUCCGUCUCCCUGCCGCUGGGGGUUGAGGAUACUGAAAUCUAUCGCCAAGUUGCUGGUAGCACGCUUACACCGGUCCGAACUCAAGCGAUGUGCUUGCUGUCGCAUUCUCUCCAUCGAUUCUACCAGACCAAGGAAAUCACUGUGCGCACCUGGUACGAUGAGAACUCACAGUCUAAGAUCAACCUCAAGACACUUCCUUCCGUCAAGGAGACCAUCCAGGCCUGGAAGAUCCGCACCGCACAGCUCCCGGAGAACUUGAAGAAGUUGCGGGCAUCGACUGGUCGUUUCAAAUUCGCGGUCCAGAGCCUGAAGGACUCCGAUUUCAGUUCAAAGACGCAGUCUGCACGAGACGCACAGCUAUUGACGACGCAAGACGAGAUCCUUGCUAACGUAUAUUGGCGCUUCUUGCAACUCCGCGGCUAUAUUGACGAGAAACAUCAACUUACGCCAUGGGGAGUAUGUCUCGAGCAGGCGUUGUCUGUGCUCGACCCUGUCGACUCGCUCGAGGAGGCUACAUUCCUUGCCAUUGAAAUGAUCCGCUUCGGCCUUUUGAAUUCUAAGCAGUGGUUCUCUCAUGUCUCUGGUGGACCCAUGAGGGGAUCUGAUGAGGACAAGAGCUUCAACAUGCUCGUAUCGCGCGUGGCAUGUAUCGCCAAGUUACAACACAAGAGCAUUGGGUAUUCGGGCCCCUUGAGUAGGCAGCUGCUCUGUUAUCGUUCGUUGAUCUCGGAGGUUCGCUCUACGCUACGGAACCUCAUCGAGGUGGUCCUCGCUGGUCUCUUGCUCAGUGGUGACGCUGAGCGGGACCGCAAAGACUGGGGCGACUUGAGUGCCAAGCUUCCCUUCAUUGACGACAAUGACUGCGGACUUGGAAUCGCUGUGCGCACCUACCUAGACGACCUGCCCCUGCAAGCCGAUCCCACAUCGCCCGAAGCUCGGGCAGAGGUCAAGGCCAAGGGCAAGGAAUGGUUCCAACAUAGCGACAGUUUUACCGGCAACCUCGACAUGGCAUUCAAGCUCUGGGAUGCGGUCUACCGCGCAUCGCAAAACGCAGGACGGGAGUUCAAGGACGGCAACAAAUGGGAAGAGGCAAACCGCUGGCUCGCCGAGCGACGGUGACGAAUCACUGGAGAUGCGACUUCUGCUCUAUGGACACACGGGUCAAUGAUAGCAGCUAGUCCAUGACCAGCAACGAACGACAUCACGAUCACCGCUUUAAGGUACCGAACGGAGUCUGCUCGACAGUCCAGCAACCCGCGUAGUUAUUUCAAGCUCAUGUAGCUGCUGCAAAUAUAGCCAUCUAGCGCGAACUAUCGGGGAAGAUAUGGUGUGAUGGGCCGUUUGUUGGUGGAUGGGAUUGGAUGGGCCGGGAUUGUGUUGUGGCCGGUGGCGAAACUAUGCUGAAGCAUUGCUCUUCCGUAAAGCCGACCUUCCCCUAGCUCUGAGUAGGUGAAUGAUUAACAAUCAACCUGAUCAUGCAU